AGAGGAAAGAGUUUUUCCAGCAUCCAGACUACACCAUUUGAGAGCUGACCGCCUUCUGUGGCUCAGCUGAGCUACCGGCCUGUUUUUCUUGUGGGAUAUUCGUUUCACUUGUGUGGCUCAUUCCGGAUAGCGACGCGCUGCAGUUCAGAUAAUGGGAGACACUCAGUCUGCGCAACGUGCGGGCAAGAAGGAUGCAGAGGAGGAGGAGGAGAGCGCAAAAGUGAAUGAUGUUCAAACUGUGGAGGAUACUGAAGACAAGCCUCUCAAAACCAAUGGGCAGAUCUCUGAGAUAAAUGGAAAAGCAGAUGGCUCUAUAGCAGCACUCAAUGGUCACUGCAAAGACGAGAUUUCUGCAGAGGACAAAGAUGUUGCAAAGACAGAAAAGUCCCCUAAAGAAGAAAAAACUCCAGUGGAAAGUGUUGACAUCAAUGCAAAAACAUCACCAGAUGAAGCUGAUGCAAAUGAAGUUGAAAAAGUAGAAAUUAUUGAAAUGGAAGAAAAGGAGAAUGACAUCAAUGAAAGUUUUAGAAAUUUUUUCAGCAACAUUGGUUUGAAAUUGACAGUUAAAAAAGGCUCUGGUGAAAAGGCUGAAACAGAUGUGCCUGAGGAAGUACCAAACAUACCAGAGGAGGUCAAAGAUAAUGCACAAGAGGUCAAAAGUGAAAAUGAGGAACAGAGUGUGGAUCUAAACACAGCACAGGAAGCAAAUGAAUAUGAUUCAACAACAUGUCCCAGUCUGACAGAUGGUAUAUCAGAGAAUAUUCCAGAAAAUGCAGACAUAAAGGAAACAGAAACCAAAGAGGAAGCUGAGCAUGAUAAUGAUGAUGCAAGAACAACUUCACCUGCUGUAAAUGAAGAUGGACACCAGGAUACCACACAGGAACUGCAUCCAGCAUCCCCAAUGAUUACUGAAGAAAAGGUGGCUGAAUCUCCAUUAAAAAGGUUUUUUACCACAGGAAUCUUUUCUAGUCUACGGAAGAAAAAGAAACUUGCAGAAGAUGAGGUAACCGAGAAGGAACUGGUGGAUAUGGGGAAAAAUGAGAUUGCUGAAAUAGCAGAGCAAGCAGUGGAAGAACAGGAUAAGGAGGAGAUUACUCUUGAUACUGAGGCAGCUACAACUGAGAAAGGACUUGGAGAAGCUAAGAUCAUGCCUGCAGUAACCACUCAGAAUAAUGUUAAACCACCUUCCAUGGAGAGAUCAGAUGGUGAGGGUGAAAUGCUAAACUCUCAAGAAAAAGAAAAAGUUCAGGCGAGUCCCCUGAAGAAGCUAAUGUCAGGCUCUAGUUUCAGGAGUCUUUCCAAAAAACAGAAAGCAAAGAAAUCAAGUGACACAAAGAUCACUGACUCUCAAGAACAAGUCUCUGAUCAGCUGCUGUCUUCAACAGAGUCGGCUGAAAAUCAGAAAGACGAAAGUCCUGCACAACCCUCUGCACCGGCAGCAGAAGAAGAGGACAGUGCAUGGGCAGCCUUCAAAAAACUUCUGACUCCAAAAAAACGUAACAAGACGCCUUCGUUGAGCAAUGAACAGGCACAAAUCUCAGGUUCAGUAGAUGAGGCAAAACCAAGUGAAGGUGAGCAAAUAUCAGAUCACAGCACAGAAGAAGGAAAAAAAAGGAAAGACUCAUCUGUGUCAUGGGAAGCUGUUUUGUGUGGAUCUGGAAGAAGAAAAAGCCGAAAAUCAUCUGACUCAGAAGAAGAAACAUCCCAAAAUAGCAAGCAAGACAGUGGACUUAAACAAGGUGCAGAAUCACCACUAGAAAGAUCUAAUGAGGCCCAAGAAAUAAAAGAAGGAAGUCCUCCAGAGAGUGAUGGGGAGUCAACAUGGAAAUCAUUUAAAAAACUUGUCACCCCCAAAACAAAAGCCAAGGAUCUGGAUGAAAGCAAAGAUAUCAUUCCUUCUGACAAUGAAGUUACUCAAGCUGAGUCCACGUUUUCUAUUAAGAAUCUCCUACCUGGAAGAAAAAAGAGAAAGCCUGCUGAAACGCUAGAACAAGUAUCUUUAGAUGAAGCCGACAAGGAAGCUUCAGAUGAUGAAGACUCUGAGACUCCAGCUGUGAUUCCACUGUCAGAGUUUGCAGAUGAAAUGGGAGAAACCAAAGCAGAUGUAGAAAGUUACAUACCAGAAGUAACAGACAAUGAAGUCCAGCUGGACUCCACUCCACCUUGUGAUAGUCUUCCACUCGAAACACAAACGUCCCAAGACAAUGAGGAAGCCUUAGAAAAUGAGGUUCCUAAAACACUGGCUACACCUGCUCCAGUUGAAGAACCAGAUGACGUUACAGAAUCAAUCAGUAAACACCAACAACUCAGUGAUAUUCCAGAGGAGGGAGUACUUACGGAGACGAUGGCCACUCCGGCUUCAGGCAUUGAGGAAGCAGCAAGAGAUGACACUAUAGCAGAGGACCUGGUCGAGAUCACAUCUGAAGCCAUAACAGCUCCAGAGCCUGUUGAUGUUACUGUGACAGAUGAAACUGAGAUGAUCUCUGCGGUUUCCCAGUUAUCAGACUCUUCAAAAACAUCUGGUAACGCAACACCUGUCCCAGCUGAAUACAGUGUCAACAACACAGAGUUGUUGCUAGAACAAGUUGCUGAAACCAUCUCUGUAAGCACGCAUGUAGUCCCAGUGACUUUAGAGCAGCCAAGUUCAGAAAGAAUAGUUAGCUCUGUCUCGCCUCAAUUACUUGAAACAUUUGAAAAAGAACAGCCGAAAAUCCUGGAAAUACACAAAGGAUCAGAUGAAACAGUGGUAAACGCAGAGCUAAAUGCUGAACCAAUUGAUGCAAUUAAUGAACUUGAGGCAACAGCCCAAACAGAGAGCAUACCUGAUGUUAACAAAGCUGUUUCAACAGAGAUUGUAUCUGAGAUUGUAUCUGAGGAGACUGACAAUGCAGAAGUCACUGAAGAUGAAGUUCAUGAGGUCAGUGUUACACAGGUGCAAGAAAGCAUUAAAGAAUUAGAAGUUACUGAUGACAGCCAACAUGUGCUAGAAUGCAUUUCUGAAGAAAAGGAAGAGUUACCUCAGGAGACAUUACCUGAAGGUGAUGAAGUUGCCCCAGAUAAAGGUUUUCUAGUUGUGGCAGAUCAAGUAGAAGAAGAUACCUCAAAGACUGAGACUCAAGAAGCAGAGUCAGCUCUUUUUGAGGCUGAUGAAACUAAAGAUGGAAGCAUCGAGCAGGAAGCCCAAAGUUCGUGCUCCACGGGGGAUCAGAUCAAUCAAAAUAUUACUGAGCAAAGUCAAAUUGAAGCUGAACCUUCUCUGGUGGUGGAUGAGUUAGAAGCACUGGCAAAUGUAGAAAAAGAUGUAAAAGCUUCAGAAGAGGAUACUGUUCAGUCACUUGAAGAGGAAGCACCAUCGUUAGAGGACAUACCACCAAGAGAAAUAGUUACAGACGAUUCCAAGCAGACAGAGCAUCUUGCUGAAGUGACUGUUGAGCCAGAAGACAGACAAACACAGGCUGAAGCUCCUAAAACAGAUGAUCACGAAGUGAAAGAUGUAGUGGAAGUUGAGCAAAAAGCCACAGCAACUGCAGAAGAGGAUAAAGUUCAAUCACCUGAAGAAGAAGCACCGUCCUCAGAAGAUGUUCCACCAGCAGAAAGCAUAGAUGAAUUCAAACCAAUAGGAGAGCAUCUCACUGAAGAUGAAGUUUCCAUUGAGCCAGAAACUAAAGAGACACAGUCUGAAGUUUCUGAAGUUACAGAAGUGCCAGAAGGUAUUCAAGCCACAACAUUACAAUCAGAAGAGGAUAGGAUUCAAGAAGAAAUACAAAGCUCACAGGACAUUCAGGCUGCUGAACCAGUAACAGAUGAAUCCAAACAUACAGGGGAGCAUCUCACUGAAGUGACCGAUGAGCCGGAAACUAAAGAGCCACAGUCUGAAGUCUCUGAAGUUACAGAAGUGCCAGAAGGUAUUCAAGCCACAACAUUACAAUCAGAAGAGGAUAGUAUUCAAGAGGAAAUACAACCCUCGCAGGACAUUCAGGCUGCUGAACCAGUAACAGAUGAAUCCAAACAGACAUCAGAGCAUCUCAGUGAAGGUGAAGUUUCUAAUGAGCCAGAAAUUAAAGAGCCACAGCCUGAAGUUUCCAAAGUUACAGAGGUGUCAGAAGGUGUUCAAGCCACAACACUGGAAUCAAAAGAGGACAACUUUCAAGAGGAAAUACAACCCUCACAGGACAUUCAGUCGGCUGAACCAGUAAUAUAUGAAUACAAAUAUACAGGAGAGCAUCUCACUGAAGGUGAAGUUUCUAAUGAGCCAGAAAUUAAAGAGCCACAGCCUGAAGUUUCCGAAGUUACAGAGGUGUCAGAAGGUGUUCAAGCCACAACACUGGAAUCAGAAGAGGACGGUGUUCAAACAGAAAUACAACCUUCAGAGGGCAUUCGGUCUGCUGAACCAGUAACAGAUGAAUCUAAAGAGUUAGCAGAGAAUCUCAUUGAAGUGACUGAUGAGAUUAAAAAAAAAGAGCCACAGCCCGAAGUUUCUGAAGUUCCAGAGGUACCAAAAGUUCUUCAAGCAACAUCACUGCAUUCAGAAGAAGAUAGUGUUCAAACAGAAAUACAACCUUCAGAGGGCAUUCGGUCUGCUGAACCAGUAACAGAUGAAUCUAAAGAGUUAGCAGAGAAUCUCAUUGAAGUGACUGAUGAGAUUAAAAAAAAAGAGCCACAGCCCGAAGUUUCUGAAGUUCCAGAGGUACCAAAAGUUCUUCAAGCAACAUCACUGCAUUCAGAAGAAGAUAGUGUUCAAACAGAAAUACAACCUUCAGAGGACAUUCGGUCUGCUGAACCAGUAACAGAUGAAUACAAACAGACAACACAACAUCCCACUGAAGUGACCGAUGAGAUUCAAAACAAAGAAUCACUGCCUGAAGUUCCAGAAAAAGUAGAAGCUGUACAAGCAGUCAGAUUAGAUUUAGAAGAGGGGAGUGGUGAGUCAUGGGACAAAGAAGUAAUAUCAGAGGAUGUUCCACCUGCAGAAAAAGAUCAGCCCCAAGAGGCCAAAAUGGUACCAAUCACUGAAGAUAAAGGUGAAGCACUGGAUGAUUCCAUAACCAAGGAUGUUCAAGAACCAGCAGUGUUACAAGUGGUACAAGCCGUCACAUUAGAUUCAGAGGAAGGUCAACCUCAAGGAACUGAAGAUGAGGUGAUAUCCAAGGAUAUGGGGGCAAUGGAAACAGUUACAGGUGAACCCAGGCAGAAAGCAGUUGACCUAAUGGAACCAGAAGCAUCACUGCCUGAUGCAGAAGACAAUGUUUCUGCAACUGACCGUGAAGCAUCCAAGUCUGCAAAUGCAGUUGCAUCAAGUGUUCAGGUGUUUAGCACUCAGGAGCUUGAAACUGAAACAUUGCUAGAAGAUGUUCCAAAACCAGACACUGACAGCAUUACAGAUGAAACUGAGAAAAAGCAACCAGACCAGGAUUUAGAAAUAAACAAAGAUCAGGUAACCGAAAGCAUUCCACAAAAUGAUCAAGCUGAACACGAAGACAGAAAAGCUGAAGCUGUGGAUGAAACAGUAACAGCUGCUUAUGUGCCUUCUGUGGAAGAAGAAGAAAAAGAAGCAAGUAAUGAUCAGGUCCAUGAAGAGACUUGUGUUGACAGUGCUGAAGCUUCAGAAGAACCCAAAUAUGAUGAGGAUGUUAGUACAGCCCAAGUAAGUGUUGAGGGAGAAAAAGCUGAUGAACUUCAAGGCACUAAGGUAAUCACUGCUGCCACUGAGCAUGCUGUAGUGAUGCAAGUAAUAACAUGUAAUCUAAAAGAUGUUUCAGCAGUAAUACCUGAUGUUUUGAUUGAGGAAACAACUGAGAUUCGAGAACACUUGAUAGAAAGAAAAGCAAGUGAGAUGGAAGUAAAGGACACUUUUGAGACUACAACACCAUUAGAGAAGGACAAUGUCAUUAACACAGCAGAAGAAGGCAGUGUGGUUGUUAUGAUGCAUGUUCCAUCACAAGAGUUUGACAACAAUCACAGAUUCCAAGUGCAAGUGGUGGAUGUUGAUAUCAAUUCAGCAGAGAAUAUCGUCAACACAAUGAUUGAGGUAGGGGUUACAGAAGCCAAAGAAGUUAUUGAUGUUUGUCAUGAAACGCUUGAAAAAGUAGAAAAUCUAUCCGCCUCUACUGCAAUCGAAGAGGAAGUGAAUAACGAGGAAAACAAUCUAACUGUUCAAGAAGUUAUUCAACAUGUAAAGGAGAAUUUACCAGAGCCCACUCCUGAAUCUGUGCCAGAUGAGUUGGAACAAGAAGUUAUAAAACAACCAGAUGUUAGUGAGACACUUCAAAGUGCAUCAAGUGAACCAGAGGAUGAAAAAAUGAUGAAGGACAGUUCUGGGGAGCUCAUGGAAGAAGAGGAUGAAGGACAUGGGAUCCCAGCUGAGCAGAAAGAGUCUGAGGAUCAAUUGAAAACUUCUGAUUUAGGUUUAGAUAUCUCUACCCAUGAUCACAAAGAGGAUCUGGAAGAAACUAAAGCUGAGCAGCAAAAAUCAGAGGUAUGUGUGACAGCGGAGGAUGCAACAGCACUAUCUGAAGAAUUAGCUAAGAAGAAAGAUGGCGAUACCACCACAGAAGCACAAAGACUACAAAGUACACAAAGCCAGAUUGUUACACCAAAUAACACAGGAUUAGUAGCCCCCCAGAACACAGGUAUGAUCUCGUCAAUAGGUAAUGUAGAGUCUCCUUCAAGCCUGUCUUUAGAAUUCAAACUUAAUAUACAGUUUGGGCAGCUAAAGGCGCCAGCAUCCCCACCACCUCCUGCAGAACCUGUAAAACAGCUUCAUGUGUCCGAAGCUGCUGUUCAGGCAGUAGAAGCAGUGGAACCUACAAACCUGAUAAAUGCAAUGCAAAGAGUUGAGAGCGAGAAACAAAUGGAGCUAAUGGAAGUCGCUGUUCAGACAACAGAAAUCACUGAAUCAGAAGCUGUGGUCUCCCAUCCGCCUAAACUUCAGGAUGCUGCUGUCCAAGAAAUGGAAACAACACAACCAGCAGAACAAGUUGAAUCAAAGGAACCAAUAAUCUCCAAAAUCCAGGCAGCAGAAACCACCAAACCGCUGAAGCAAAUCACAGAGCCAGCAGAAAAAUUAGAUUUAACUGAAAGAUCCAUGAUAUCAAAACAGCCAGUGCUAGAGGCUGUUAGCAUCCAGACAAUAGAAACAAUAGAACCAGUGGAACAAAUUCAGUCAAAGCAAUCGAUAAUUCCAGACAUUCAGGCCACACAAACGACAGAACCUGUGAUGCAAAAAGAGAAACGAGGACUGUUGAUCAGUCAUCCUGCAGUCUUCAAGGCUCGUAGCAAAGAAAAAACAGCAGAGGAGCCCAUUAAACAAAUAGAGGAGGAAAAUGAUGACGUGUGGCUGGAUGCUGAGGAAGACAUUUACACUCAAGAGGAAAAGGGGGCAUCCCACAUCCAAGUGGAAGAACCCACGGAGCCUCAAGCGGGAAGUGCACAUGAGGAAAAAGAUCCUGAAUCUGAGUUUGAAAUGGCACCUGAUACCAAGAGUGAGGACGAGGAAAGUCACCAGAGAGUGCACGAAACAGGAGGAACAGGUGAAAUUGAGAGUGAAGGUGAAGAUUUUGCUGUUGCCCUGGAGUAUCCAGUAAUCACGACAUGUGUCACUCAGGCAGAAUGGGAUUAACCUAACCCAGCUCAAGUGUUACUGAGUGGUGGGACAAUCAAAAAGUAAAAGGAAGAAAGCUUCAUAAAGCCAUCAAAGCCUUUUAUUUCACAUUAUGUUGCACCAAAAUAUUCUGAUAUUUAUUAGCGAAACUAGCCUUAAUUGCUAAGAUUAUUUUAAUAUUAUACAGUAUAUGACUUAAGAGAGUGUUUUGGAAAGUGUGCAUUGAAAAAAAAGGUUAAUCUUCUCAGGGGGAAUGAAUUGUGAUUUUUGAAUGGUUUUAGAAGUGUGACGAUGAGCUACUUCUACCACGCAGGGGCCUCAGUAAAUUUAACUACCUGUUUGUCAUGUAAUGCAACUUCAUUGCUAAUUAUGUCAGGUCUCUCCACUCAUAAUUCAUACAUUAUUAUGCCUAAGUUUUUGAAUGGAAUGUAUAUGUCAGUAAGUCAAUAAGAAUAUCAUAAUAUAUUUGUUGAAUCUUUUCACCUUUUAUGGUAAAAAGCUUAAAAAAUGUUCAGGUGUUAUUCACAGACCACAUUAAAUCAUGAUGUAUGUUACAGCACACAGAAACACCUUUUUAUAAAAAUUUGCAAAAUGUAGAUAUUUAACAGCUUCCACAACACAUAGUUUUUGCAAUCAGUAUUUCACUUAUAUACAUGUUGCCACAUGAUUUAAAAAGUCAGACCUGAACAUACUGAGGAGAUACAUUUAUUAUUAUUAUUAUUAUUAUUAUUAUUAUUAUUAUUAUUAUACGUGAUCUUGUACAUAAUGAAUAUUUUAGUGAUUAGAAUUUUUACUGUGAGCAGUUUGAAAAUAAGAGCAUGGUGAGAGCAUGGCAUGAAGCAAGGUGUGACAGUGUUUCAUUUAAAGCUCAACUUAAUCAAAUACGCAGUUAAUCUAAUUUUAAUCAGCAGUGCCUUAAGCAAUCAUGUUUACUCAAACUUUUUUGUUCUCCUGUUCUUUAACAGGCUGUUUCUACCACUACAAAAUAAUAAAAAGUGGAAAUUUUGAUUAUCUCAAAAUUUCAAGUUAAGCUGAGAAUUUGAGAUACUAACCCUAAAUUUAGACUUAGAGACAGGAAAAAAUAAAUCUAAGUGCCAGAAACAAGCCUCCUCACUAAGCUUGAUGCCUGAGGCUCAGUAAUCAAACUGCAACAGAGUGAGAGAAAUAAGCUUGUGAAAGGGUAUUUAUGUUAGCUGUAUGCUUUUAUUUUGAAAUCUUAUUUCCAUUACUGUCUGUUAUGGACAAUCCUUGCUUGUCUGAUGUCACUAAUAUUGAUUUAUGUGUAUUUAUAUAUUUUCUGAUAUAUUUACCAGUGUUUAAUUAAUAAAAAACUAUUUUAUUUGAAUAAAUUAAUACAUAUAAAUUCAAA